AUGAGGAGCUCGCGCUCCCUCCUCGCUGCAGCCAUCCGUCUCCUGCAAGUCUUCUGUCAACGUAUGUCUAUGGCAUUGCGUGUUUCUCAGGACUAUUGUACCUCCCUGUGGAGGUCGGUGACCAUCCACUUGGCUCUUAGCCGGUACUUACACGCCCUGUGGAGGGUCAUGACAGCAUCUAUGUUCCAAACUCUCCAUGUCGGCACAAGGACCAUUGUCUACCGUGAAUUUUACGUUGAGACCGUGCCCUGCACCAACCGCACCCACAAGGUCAUCCGCUCUCCCAGGAAAGCACGAGAAAUUGGAGAGCGUGCCUUUGCAAAUUUCAAGAAGAAGCACGCCUCCAAGAUCCUCGACCCACACCACCAUGAAAGUGUUCGCGUCCAUGCCAUUGGCUGGAAGAUCAUUCGCGCUAUCCGUCGUGUAUUGUCCAUUAAGAGAAAGAUAGAGCGACAAGGACAGGAACCACUACAGAAGAUGACACGUCUGGGUUGGAUCCGCGAGCUCAAUUUGGAGGUGAUAGUCGUAGAGGAAAAUGUCAGAACAGGACGGUGCUUUCCUGGUGGUGGCAAGAUAGUACUCUACACGGGAUUACUUGAUCAUUUCAGCACAGAUGCUGAGAUUGCCACCAUCAUCGCGCAUGAGGUUGGACAUAUUAUUGCGAGGCACUCCUCUGAGAUGAUCAAAAUAUUCAAGUGGUGGCUCCCAACCCGCCUCCUCGUGACGCCAUUGUUACAAAGGAAUGAGCUAGAGGCAGAUUACAUUGGAAUGUUGCUACAGGCUGCUGCUGGUUUCGAUCCCCACGCUGCCCCUAUGUCCCUUGAAAAGCAAGGACGAAUAAAUCGGAAGUCGACAUUGACAAAAUUGCUCUCCUUCUUCUCAUUCAGCGCUCAUCCAUCUACUAAGAAAAGAUCACAACUUUUAUCACAACCCAAGGUCAUGGAGGAGGCUAUGGAAUUGUACAGAGAAGCAACCAGUGACGGGCCUGACAAUGAAGGAUGUAGUUCCUCUUAA